AUGGGCAUCUUGGGGCGCUAUGAUGAUGCCACAGAUCAGCUGGUGCCUGCUGCAAGAGGGCGGGUUUGGCGUUACGAUGACUCCUCUGAUUCUCAAGGGGGUUCUCCUUCGGACUCUUCGGGUGAAUCAAAUUCAGAUUCAGAGUCCAGCUCAACUUCCACCUCUGAACAAUCUGGAAGUGGAGAGGUUGCAGUGAAGCUAGGGGCGCUUCAAGUGCUGCAUGCCAAGGGAGAAACAGCUGAUGCAUCUUCCUAUGCUUUGAAUGGGCAGGAUGGUAGCAGGUUGCGGAAGCUUGUCGAGAACCCGGGGUGCUCCUGCGGCUGCACAAUACCGUUCAAGGUCAUUGCCAAAGUAUGUGCUUCGUUUUGGGGUCUUCCCAAAGAGGCACAAGAUGCCUUCCUUUGGUCACUACAGAUUGAAGCAGGUAGGGGUCACAAAAACAAGUUUAGCAUCGAAGGAUAUCCAGUCUGUAGAUCAACCUGGCUGAAAUUUAUGGGCAUCGGCAAACAGCGUUUACAAAGAACCUAG